GGCCUCAUGGAUCGUGGCUGUCAGAGUGGAGAGUUAAAGACAUGCUAUUCAACAAUCGACACAGUAAAAAACAAAACCGAAGGAUUAUGGAAUAUUAAUUCCGGAUGCAUACGACAUCCGAAUGCGUUAUCUCAGACUCAGAGAGGAGAUCGAACGACGAUGUUAUUCGAUUAUCGGGGUUCACAUAUUUAUUAUCAAUAAACAUCAUUCAUAUUAUUGUUUAGUUAAUUUAUUACCACUUGCCAUCGAGUUCUGCGAAGUUAAGGGUAUUGUUUACAAAUUUGUACCACCUUAUGUAUAAUCCAUGAUGUAAUUCCAAUACGCGUGUAAUUUCCUUGUAACUUCCGGUUUCUCAAUACGCAGAUCCAGUCGUCUGCGCUGUAGCAAUAAGCAUCACAGUCCCAACUUUCUUCUUCCUGGUGAAACUACAAGUUUAUAUUAAUAAUCGUUGGAGUAGUAAAAUACUUUAAAGGAGUCUGUCCCUCAGUAAACGGACCACUCAAAGAAUUAAAACAUUGUAAUCUGUUUUCAUGGUUUUGAUGGACUAGCCUAGGCCUAGCAUCCAAAAAUGUCCGGAGGGACGGCUAAUGGAGGUGGGAGUGAGCAGAUGCACAAAGUGGUGGUGGUAGGCGGAGGAGGUGUUGGCAAAAGCGCCCUAACCAUACAGUUUAUUCAGUCAUAUUUUGUGUCUGACUAUGACCCCACCAUAGAAGAUUCGUAUACAAAGCAAUGCAGAAUUGAUAACACAGUUUCAAAGUUAGAUAUCUUGGAUACUGCAGGCCAAGAUGAAUUUAGUGCAAUGCGAGAACAAUAUAUGAGAACAGGAGACGGAUUUCUGUUGGUUUUUUCCUUAUGUAAUAAAAAUAGCUUUGAUGAAAUUUUCAAAUUCCAUCGUCAAAUUCUCCGAGUGAAGGACCGAGAAGAGUUCCCCAUGAUUCUUGUUGGGAAUAAGGCAGAUCUCAAAGCACAAAGACAGGUAACAGAGACAGAUAUAGAGAAACUAGCUAGAGAUUUGAAUAUACAGUUUAUUGAAUGCAGUGCCAAGACAAGACAGAAUGUAGACGAAUCUUUUCAUGAACUAGUGAGAAUUAUAAGGAAGUUUAAACGAGAUGAAAACCCGUCACAACCAGUAAAACCGCAUAAGAGACCAUUCCAUUGUGUAAUUUUGUGAGAGCUGGUUUGUCUUCUUAAAUUCAAGGCCAGCAUGUUGCUACGGAUACUGAAGCAAAUUGUUUGAUGUUCCGCCAAGUGCACCUCUUGCUUGUAGAUACACUGCUUGCCACUGUAAAAUUACUAUGUGUAUGUAUUCCUGUCAAAACUCUGUCCAAUCUUGGUGUCUGGUAACUUUUGCUUUUUACUUCACUAUCAGCUGUUUUAUUGUCUUUCAUAUUUUUUUUCCAUUUGUAAUAUUUUCCUAAAGUUGGGCAUAGGAUUUUUCUAUUAAUAUUGAAAUAGAAGUUUGGUAAUUCCUCACAUAGUUUCAAAUACAUAUUUGUGUGUCAAAGGUCAAUUUUAUUUCAUUUCAUUUAUUUAUUUAACCACAAUUUACAUGAUAAAAAUGGUUAAGGACAGUUAAAUGAGAAAAGAAUCUUUAUAACCCGUAUAGUCAAAUCCACUUUAACAAAGAAACACAAAAUGAACUAAAUACAAGUUUACUAAUAAUUUUAAAAAGAAAGUAUGUGAUAAAUGACCAUAAUAAACAUGCACUAAAACAAACAAUGCAUAUCUUUGUGGACAGAAUUCAUACUAGCACAUUUAUUCCUUACAUGCUCUAUGAUUGGCUAGGUUAUUUGUUUAUAUGCCUUUACCUUUGACACAGACUUGUGCAGUUGAAAUUACAAGAUGGAUUAUUAAAAGUCUUUCUUUAAUGUAAAGAAUUUAAGCUUGACGACUGAUGCCAGUAGAAUGGUUAUCAUAGGCGUUAUAAGAAAUUAUUUUUACAGUCACAACUCAUAUUGUACAUGUCAAUACAUUAAGAAUUGUAUAGUGUAUACUUAGGUUAAUUAUAGUAUAUUUUGCUUUUGCAAUAAUUCAAACAUUUCGCACCAUAUUUGUGUAAUUUUAAUUUAUAAUAUAAAUGAUUGACCGAUUGUAUGUUAUUUAUAGAGAAUGCAAUCUGGUUGUUGAUAGUUGAAUAUUUCUAUUGAUCUUAAUAGAUUUAACAAAAUAUGAUUUUCUGUUUGCAAAAAUUAGCCCUUUUAAUUUUCAAUAUAUUUAUUUUUAAAACUAAAGCACUAUAAACAAUUAAUAUUAAAAGCUGUAUUAUUUUUCAUUAUCAACUAUUGUUUCUACUAAAUGUAAUCGCACGUUAUAAUAAUAUUGUAUAAUUAUAAUUGAUUUUUAGAGAUAUUUCUUUUUAACAUACACUUUAUCAGUCAUCAUCUUCAUCGUUUAUCACAAUAAUCAUUAUGUUCAUUAUUAUUAUAAUUGUUAUUUAUAAUCAUAUUUAACAUCAUUAUUAUUAGUAUCACCAUUUACAAGAUAUAAAUGAUAAACAUAAUGAUGUGGCUGCAAUUAUUAUUCAACAAAAUGAGAUGAAGAUAAUUAUGUAACUAGUAAUGAUGAAUAUUAUUUUUUUGCAAUAGGUUCUUCGGUUUAAUCUAUCCAAAGCUUUCUAUGCAAAUGUGUGCAUAUCACUUGUAUAAAGUUGCACAGUUUCACCAAAGAAUUGAUUUGUUAUUCAUAGCUAUAACUUCUGGACUUCUUUGGCCUUAUUUAUUAAUAUUUUAAGUUUCAUCUCAUAUUUUGUGCAUGAAGAAGCAAUAAAUUUAUAUAUUCUUUAUUGAGCAAUAAGGACAUUAUGAGGUGUACUGGAUUGAUGAGGUGCCCUAGCAGUGGCGGAUCCACAGGAGUUCAGGGUGUUCGGACGAACUCCCUUCUGUGAAGAAACAAAAUACUACUAAGUCCUGGCUUACAAAAUGCUUGCUUACCUACCUAGACAUAGGUUUUCAGAUCGGACAAAUUAGGCUUAGCCCAACUAGCCUUCAAUUAAAUAAAAUUAAAACACUGUUUUUGGUUCAACGUCGUAAUAAUUUAUGUAGUGCGUUCUUCAAGCCUAUUGGUUCAUCGAUCCAUGGAAGAAAGACUACGUAUCCAACUACUCAAUAUUGUUGGAAUAUAAUAAUAUAUUGCCUAAGUGUUCGAUUUCAAAUCCUGGAUCCGCCCCUGCCUAGGUGGAAGACAUUGUACUAUACUAGGUUUAGGAUGUGUACACCCUAGAUAUUGCCCUAGAGCCAGGCAGUGCCUUAGGGGUUGUACUAGGGCUGAGCAGAGCCUUAUGACUUUUACUAGAGCUAGGCAGUGCCUAGAGUUAGUUUUGGGCUGGGGUUCAACCCUAGAAUUUGGAGACAGUAGUAAGGGGUAGUUGCUGCCACGAUAAAAAGUAUAUAUUUGAUAUGAAAUAAGUAUUUUGAAUUUAAUAACAAGGGUGAAAGGUUUCUUAAAUGUUUUUGUGUUUAUAUCCAAUACAAAUAUAUUGGAUUUAUGUCUAACAAUAGUAAAUUGAUAUAUGGGUUGUUAUAUUGCCUAUGUUUUUUAAAUAGUUAUAUACUUUCUAUAAUGUCCUCCCAUUAUGCACCUCAGUUUAUAUGCAAAGGUUUCUUAUAUGUUUUUGUGUUAUAUCCAAUACAAAUAUAGUGGAUUUAUGUCUAACAAUAGAUAUAUGGGUUGUUAUAUUGCCUAUGUUUUUUAAUAUUUAUCUACUCUCUAUAAUGUCCUCCCACUAUGCACCUCAAUUUAUAUGCAUAAUAUUUAACACAUUUUGUAAUGAUAAUUACCAUUGCAGAUUCACCAGGUGUGGGGGGAGGGGGGGUGGUGGAUUAAUAUUUGGGUUGCUUACUUCCUAUUUUUAAGUAAUAUGCAAAUUAGAUUUCUUUAUCAAUUAACAGAUGCAUAAAUAAUACCUUUCCAAUAUUCUUUUGCAUAGACAAUUAAAUUUACUGGCAAAAGAAAGUAAAGAAUCUUUGUAGUAAAGGAUGUAAACUAAUUAACCCUGUUUUACAGUCCCUUUAAUUCAUCUGGUAAUGUUGAUUUUUAUAGUAAAUUUUUUGUAAUUUCUUUUGGCGAAUUCACACUAUUUCUCACUCAUCAUUAGUAAUUAAAGAUGAUGAUAUAUAAUGCGCAUUAUACCUACUCAGUUGUUGAUUCAGUAACACAAUAAUAUAUAAAAUAUAUAUUUAUUGCACACACAUAAAAAAAAAUCCAUCUCACUUCAGUUUUAAAUCUAAAUGUGUUUAUGUCUACAUCUUUAAUUGAUUGACCAAAAUUAUCAUCCCAUCUUGUUGCUAAAAGACACUUUUUAUUGUUUGUAUGUCCUAGACACCAUUCUUGUUUUUUUUUUUUUUUUAAUGUUUCUUCACUUAACAAAUUAUGGUAUUGAAACUGGUGCUUCAGUUAAUAAUAAUGUAGAUUAAUCAAAUAUUACCAAAUCAAUUUUGUUUAGAUAUAUGUUUAUAUAGAUAACCAAUUUUGAAAUUCUUUGGAGAUAUAUGUUUAUACUUGAGUAACUAUUUGUUUCUUGUUUAAAGGCCUUAGUAACAACUGCCUCAUAAGCAUUGAUAAGAAUGUUUUCUAAUAUAACUUGCUGUAAUAUUAAAAUGUCUGUAAAAUCUAUCUUCAUAAAAAUAAAGUUUAUUGUAGUUUAUUUUCAAAUAAAUUAACACAUUUCUCCAAGUAUAUCUAUAUUUUAAAAAGACCAUUUCUUUUCUUAAAGAUUUGAUCUGUAUAUUAAACAUGACAUAUAUUUUGAACCUGCUAUAGAUUUGUGUAUAGUCACUAAUAAUGGGCAGGAAAUUUUGUAAAGCAAUACAGUAAGUGAAAAUCGUGUCUCUGUGGUUCCCAAAUGUCCCUAAACAUAUGCAGUGCCAUUAUAUAUAUUUAAUUUUUCAAGUUACAGUACAAUUGGACAGGAAUAUGGUUGCUUUUCCUGCCAUAAAAAUAAAGUGAAUUUAUUAAUCUGAACUAGAUGUUCGUUGAUAUUCAUAGGUUGAUUUUAGAUCGAUUUUAGGUGUUAUACAGCUGUGGAAAAUUCUGUCUAGAUAAAGUCACAAGAGUAUAAAAACUGCAAGAGGUCCGACUGUCUCUUUUUUUGUAUGCACGCAAUGGAACUUGUACUACCAUGUGUUAGGAGCACCAUAUUCGAAUAGAGUUCGAAACAUGCAAGCGUUCCAACAAAACUCCAAGAGUCAAACCUCUUUUAUAGUUCUAUACUGUUUGAUAAAACAUACAAGGUUGUAAUAUAUUCAUAGGUUUAUAACCUAAUGAACUGUGGUUUGUAUACAAGUAAAUUGCACUGACACUGUGUCAAGUCCAGUAA